AUGAAAGCAAUAAUUCAACGAGUCCUGUCCGCCUCAGUGACGGUAGACAAGGAAGUCAUUUCUUCGAUUGGGCGUGGAGUGCUUGUUUUCGCGGCGGUGGCGCCAGGUGACUCGGAAAAGGAAGCCCAGCAGAUUGCCAACAAGGUCGUCAAGAUGAAACUUUGGGACGAUGAAAAUGGAGGAAGAUGGAAAAAGAGUGUUACAGACAUCAACGGUGAAGUGCUAUGCGUCUCACAAUUCACACUCCUUGCGCGCACGAAAAAGGGGACCAAGCCCGACUUUCACGGCGCAGCAGCACCAGAAGAUGCACAGCGGCUGUACCACUACUUUGUGGACCAGGUGAAGGCUGGAUAUGACGCGGACAAGGUCAAGGAUGGCAAGUUCCAGGCCAUGAUGGAGGUGGCAUUGGUGAAUGACGGACCGGUUACGCUUGAGUUACAAGCGGGGAAUCAAAAUAAUGACAAGUCUGAUUGA